AUGGAAAACAGCAAUGAUGUUCCCCAAUCAGAUCUUUACUACUCAGUCAUCAUCAUAGGAGCUGGUAUAUCCGGUAUCUCAUCUGCGUGCCAACUGAAACGCAAAUUCGGAUGCAACCAGUUUGUGGUCUUUGAGAGUCAGGAUGGUAUUGGGGGAACAUGGUGGAAUCAUCGUUACCCCGGGGUAGCCACUGACUCACCUUCUCCGCUUUAUUCCUAUUCUUUCGCUCCUCCGCCGAGCUUCGCAGGUCCCAGGGCGACUGGUAAAGAAAUGUAUCAAUACCUACAUGCAGUUUGCGCACGUCAUGGGAUCCUGGAUAGAAUCCAACUCAACACUAAUGUCACUGAACUUAUUUGGGACAAUAGUGAAAAGCAAUGGAUCGCUAGCACUUCCACUGCUAAUGGACGAGCUCGAGUCCGUGCUAAGAUUGUCAUCAACGCAGUUGGAAAAUCUGGAAAUCCUGAUAUGUCAAUUAUGCAGACUAUUCCGGGUAGCGACACUUUCCGCGGUCGUGUGAUGCACACCGCGCAGUGGGAUAGCUCUGUGGACUUGGAAGGAAAGGAUAUCACAGUCAUAGGCGGCGGAUGCAGUGCUGCACAGCUUGUGCCACAACUGCUCACCUCGAGCGAGAUCCAACCGAGAUCUGUCGCGCAAAUCAUUCGAUCCCCUCACUGGGUCAUGCCAGACCCUUAUUCGGGUGCAAUAAGUCGCUUCUGGAAUAUAUGCAUGCCUGUCAUUGUCAGCUGCAGGCUAGGUGCCUGGAUUGCGCGCUCGGUGCUUUUCAUCAUCAAUGAGCUGUUUUAUCUUAUUUUCUUCCGGAACAUAUUAUACGGGAGCCGGUUUCAAGAGCGGCUGCGGCGCAAACUUGUGAGCUUUAUUGACAGGAAAGUUCCGGGGGAAUAUAAAAACAUGCUCACGCCGAAAUACAUGGUUGGGUGCAAGAGGGUGGUCAUUGACUCCGGUUGGUAUGACACGCUCAAAGAUCCCAGAUUUAGUCUUCACGACUCACAAGUAAGGCGAUUCGAGUCGAAUGACUUGGUGGUCGGGACAGGCAGAGAUGAAACCAAACUUCCCACUGAUGUCUUGUUGCUCGCCACGGGGUCGAGAUGGAAUCGACCUUCAAGAUAUAUGGAGCUCGCGGGGGGAGGACCCCAAGCAUACUUGGGGCUUGCAAUGGAUCAAUUUCCCAACCUCUUCUUUCUAUUUGGACCAAAUUCAUCCGUUAGCCACGGGAGUGUCAUGGGUGGGAUCGAAAACUCAGUCUCCUAUAUCGUGCAACUUAUUGGUCCUGUACUUGAAGGUGAGAUUGCGUCUUUGGAGGUCAAGAAAGAUGCACGUCAUGCCUGGACACAGAAAGUUCAGCUGGCAUCGAAGGACUCAAUCUGGAUGAAGGGAGGUUGCAGCAAUUGGUACAUUGAUGAACGAGGAUGGAACUCGAUGAUCUACCCAUUCUCACAAAUUUAUCAAUACUUCACCUGCAUAUCCCCCCAAUGGGAUGACUGGGUGGUCACCUACACAGAGACUGGUUUUACUCAAACGCCCCAACACAGAGGGGAUUUUUUCCUCUGGCUCAAGCUCAUGGUCUUUCCGUUUACUUUUCUUCCUUGGUUAGCCAGCUAG